GAGUUUUGCUGAUAUAUUUUUUCACCUGUGCAACUGAACAAGUAAAAAAAGUUUAACUUCUAACAGAACACAAGUAUUGUUCAGCCAAGAAACAUGAGAAAUCUAGUGCAUUACAUUUUAAUUGUUUUACCUUUUGGAUCUUUUACGUUAGGCUGGAAUUCUACAAUGGAUGGAGCAUCAGAGCAAUUGCUUGAUUAUGCCAAAAACCAAAGAAUACCGCAACAAGCAGUUUCAAGUUCAGGAAUAUUGAUCGACGAUAUAAUCAACUCUCUGAGUGCAGGUCCACGAGGACCUCUUUUGAUUGAGGAUUCAAAUUUCUUCAACCAAAUGCAAGCUUUCAAUAGAGAAAGGAUUUCUUCAAGGAUUAUAUUUGGUAAAGGAGGAGGAGCAAGCGGCUAUAUUGAAAUUACACAAAAUCUCUCAAGAUUUUCAAUCGCAAAAAUCUUCAGCAGAAGCAAAAUUAAGUAUGGUGUAAGAGCGAGGUUUUCCAGAAUGAAUGCUGACCCAGGGAGGCCUGAUACAUUAAGGGAUUUGGGCAGUCUUGCGUUUAAAUUUUAUACUGAAGAAGGCAACUGGGAUUUAGUGGCAAUUAACUUUCCAGUUUUCUACAUCAGAGACCCUUAUAAAUUCUAUGAUUUAGUGCAUGCUUUGAGGCCCAACCCAGCAACCAAUUUGCCAGAUUUAAAUGCUCAGUGGAAUUUCUUUACUCAAAACCCUGAAACGAUACCACUGUCUUUGUUCUUGUACAGUGAUUAUGGGAUUCCUCGCAGUUUUAGAAACAUGAAUGGUUACUCAUCAAACACGUACUCUUUGAUAAAUUCCAAAAACAACACUUUCUAUGCAAGAUUUUAUUUAAUUUCAAAUCAAGGUUUGGAAACAAUAACCAAUGAAGAAGCACAGACUUUAGCUGGCACUAAUCCCGACUAUUACAUAUCUGAUUUGUACAACAAUAUCUUUGCGGGAAAUUUUCCUUCUUGGGAAUUACAAGUGCACAUAGCAACACAAAGAGAUGCACAUUCAGCAUCUUUCAACAUAUUUGAUCCAACAAAUCUAUGGCCACGGAGGAUGUUUUCAGUUUUUAACGUCGGCAAAAUUGUACUUAACAAAAACCCAUCAAAUUACUUUGUCGAUGUUGAAAAUAUCGCCUUCAACCCUGCAAAUAUGGUGCCUGGUAUUCAACCAACUGUUGACAGAAUAUUACAAAGCAGAUUAUUUGCUUAUAACGAUGCUCAAAUGUACCGACUUGGUGUCAAUAGUAAUUUGUUGAUGGCAAAUGCUCCUGUACUAGAUGUCCACAAUUAUGAAAGAGAUGGUAUGAAUAGAUACAAGGGUAACCAAGGAGGCGCUGUCAAUUAUUUUAUAAACAGCUUCAAUGGUCCUGUUCCUUCCCCUCAUAUAUCAAUCCUUCCUUAUUCUGCCCAAGGAGUAAUUGCCAAGUUCAAAAACAGUGACCAGCGGCAAACCUUCCUAUCGGCAUUGUUCAACGAUUACAAUAUCACAUCAGAAGAGUAUAUUCGAAUUGUAGGGAAUUUAGCAGCAAAUUUGAACCAAGUUGAUCCAAGUCUUCAGAUGAAGGCAGUACAGCUCUAUAACAGUACCUACCCUAGACUUGGUGAAAUGUUGGCAACUGCUUUAGUUAAGGCUGGUCUUCCACUAAAAUAUCUUUUGGCAUAGAUUGUCUCAAUAAAACUUACAUUAUUUUUAAAAAAUGCAUAGCUCAGCUUUUCCUUAAAUAAUUUAUUAUUAACGGAUC